UAGGAUGUAGGCUAUCACAUCUGGAAUGUACCUGUUUGCCCAACAUGUGUCAUAUGAGCAAUGUGUAUAGCCUACCUUGGUAAAGGAAGGGGGAACACGUUUAAUGAGCAUUUCAUUGUGGUUUGUCAACAAUCGCGCUUCUAUGGCACCAGCUGCGAGUCAUGACACGCACACCUGUCAGACGGCAUUCCUGUUUGAUGAAAGCUGUCAGAAAGUUCAUCAUGCACGUUGCGUUGAAAUGCCUUGCGUUCUCGACAGACACCACGAUACCCGCUGGCUAGCUGACCCGUUUAGCUGGACGGACCGUUUCUGCGAUGUGAGCGUGAAUAAUUAUAUGAGAGCGAGAGAGAUAAUUCCACCUGACUCUCUUCCGAGACCGAAACCAUCCAUCCCUGAAGCUAAGGAGAGAGAGUGUAAAGGUAUGUAGACUAGCCCAAUCCUCUAUUAGUUAAUGACAACAGUAACAUUUACCGGUAGCCUCCUGGACUGUUAUUCAGAGUUAUUGCGUUGAUUGUUUUGUGUAACUGCUUGGUGUAAUGACGCUACAUGUAAUAGCCAGAAAGAGAGGCAGAAGGUGACACCUGGAGAAAUACAAGAGAGGUGGAACAAGGCUACCCAUAGCUGUCUGCCUGGUGGAAUUACGCACGAUGGACCAGGAAGAAGACUUUCUGGACUUCAAGUCCUUGAGGGCAAAGUUCCAGGAUGAGGAAGUGUUGCUGCUGAAGCAGCCCAGGACCAAACCUGCUCUCCCUGAGAAAGCUAAAGUCCUGCCUCCUCCUCACAGCCCUACAAACUGCCUUCCUUCCCUCAGCUCCACAUCACACACACCCUCCAACUCACACUCCCUACCGCGCGGUGCUCGACCCUCCCUCCUCUCCUCCCUCCAGGGGCCAGGUGGCAUCGCAUCCAGAGUCAUCGUCAAGGAGGAGGAGGAGAUGGUGAAGGGCAAAGACAAGGAUGAGGGGAAGGUGAAAUUACUAGGUAAAAAGAAGGCAGAGGCGAAGGCUGAUAAAGGGAAGGCGGAUGAAAUGAUGAAUGGAGGGAAAGAUAUUGUAGAAGUAGCGGUGAGGUCGGAUCUGCUGGACCAGAAACAGAAGAAAGAAGCAGACCUGGUCAUGAAGGCCAUGAAGAACAAGAAAGUGUCCCUGCUGUCCCCUGGGGGGUCUAAGAGGGGUAUUGUUGAGCUGGUAGACAUGUCACCACCGCCCAUAAACACAACAAAGAAGAAGGGUUUUCUGGGUAUCGGGAAGUCAGUGAAAACAGGGAAGAAGGGGAAAGUUGAGCUUCUUCCUUUCCCCAUACUGGACAUAGCCAGCCCAGACCUGGCUGACCCUGAACCUCUCAUGCCUCUAACCACCUUCGGAACCCCAGCCCCCCCUGGUGAUAUACCUAUACGUACUGUCAUUAUCCCACCUUCCCCAGCAGUACACAUUGUUCACUUACCCCCUGCAUCGAUACCUGCCCCAGUACGAGAUUCCCCCUUACCCCUGGAGCUGACUCAUAACCCAGUAUUUACCCUGUUACCCCCCACCCUGAAACCUGCACCAGCAGCUGAAGCCAUUACAGUUGUUACACCACCUAACCCCAUCCUAGUGAUCCCUGACCCUCCUAUCAUUGAUCACAUCCCUGAAACCCCAGCUGAAACCAUCCCAGCCCCCACCCUGCCAGUAUCAGUCCGCCCCAGCCCUACCCCUUCCCCUGUUCCUGCCCCACCCAGCCCAAUGCCAGCUCCCCCAGUCACCCAUAUACUCCCUGCUAUCCCCUCCCCACCUCCACCUGUUAUCGCCACUCCAUCCCCAUCCCCACCCCCUGACCCUACCCCCUCUCCUCCCCCUACACCUCCAGCUGCUGAACUUGAACCUGAGUCUGUUGUAGUGGAUAUUGCUGUUAUAGUCGAGACCUCUGCCUCUCCACUUCCCUCUCACACCCCCCCUCCCCCGGCUGGUGACCCCUCAAUCGCACCCCCAUCCCUCCAGCCUGAGAGGCCUGUGGGGGUCCAGGAACGGCCACUCUCAGCCCUGUUCGCUUUAGGACGAGCAGAAGAGAUGAGUCCACCAAAAAAAAGAGGAUCAGAGGUAAUCUUCAAUGCUCUGGAGAAAGCUAAGAGGAAGCUCGCCAGCCCUCUUACGACCCCCACCCCCUCCAGACCUGUCACGCCCACCAUAGAGGACCUACCCCCACCCCCCCACAGCCCAAGCCCCACCCCGGUGAAAUCCCUACCUGAGCUCCCACCAAUCGACUACGAUGACCAGGCAGGGGCGGCGGCCCCUACACCCCUGAAACCGGCCUUAGUCAACGGUAUUGACAUUAGGCAGGCGUCUCCUAUGUUGGAGGGGAUAGCAGAGGAGGGGGCAAGGGACGUCCUACCAGACCUGUUUGUGGUGCCCCCUCCUCCCCCGAGAAAGCGCCUCCCAGAGGCCUCCACCCGAGGAUUCCCGCCAGAGAAACCCCCCCAACUCCCCUCCUUGGACCUGACUGCCUAUGCUGUGGAGAUUCCUGUUCCUUCAGCUGAUUCUGCUCUCAACAUUCCUGAGUUUGAGGAUGUAGGAUCGGAUGUUCUGGAAUUGGAAGCCCCGGAGUUCCAGCCUGCAGACUUAGUGGAAUUAGAGGUGUCUAAGUGGGGGUACGGAGAUUAUGGUGACCCUGAGUUUGUCCCACUAAGCGCAGACAACAUUCCAGAGACAAUGCCUCUAGAACAGAAGAUUCUGGAAGAGGGUGAGGAGCUUCCGGAAGUUGAGGACCAGGGAGUUCCAGAGUUUGGAGUUGAAUUCAGAGAGAUUCCAGAAUCAGAACCGGGGGUGGAGGUUCCCAUGGAGGUUCUUCAGGACACUGUCCAUGCCUCCCCUUUCAGCCAGGACCCCCAGCCAGCUGCAGGAGCCCAGGCAGAAGACAGCACCUAUGAGAGCUGUGGCAAUGCCUAUGAGGACAUGCCCUCAGCCAAGCAGAAGGUCAAGGGUCAACCCACCAAGAAAAAUAAAGGAUCAGCGAAGAGUAAGACACAGGCACCUUACAACCCAUAUGCUGAGACUCAGCUUCCGACUGAAGAAACACCCAAGACUGGUUGGUUCUUGAAGAAGCCUGCCUCGGAAACCCCAGAUGAGAAACAAUUGAAAAAGAAAGAAAAACAACGUCUGGAGAAGGAGAAGAAAGAACAGAAAGAAAGAGAGAGGAAAGAGCAGAAAGAGAGAGAGAAGAAAGAAAAUGAGAUGAAGACAUUUAAGAUAACAGAUCAGAAGGAGGCUAUUUACCAGGCUACAGUGAUGGUAGCGUCUAAAGGACAUAAGAACGACCUGACUGUGAAGAAUGGGGACAUAGUCAGCAUCAUACGGACCACAAACUGCCCGAAAGGAAAAUGGCUGGCCAGGGACAGCACUAAUACAUAUGGAUACAUCUCAGUGAGCGACGUGGAGCUGGACAUUAAGGAGAUGUUGGAAAUGGGGAAGACGGCUCCUCGCGCCAUCAGCUGUAAAAACAUUACCACUAUGGUAGAACAGGGAGGAGAGGUGGCCAGUAUGGACAGCAGGAUAUCCAAUCACUACCCACUUCAGGAAGAUACAGGCAGCUUCACAGACGACAGCGAGGAGUGGGCACAUGAUGAUGAUGAUGAACCUCUCUCCUCCCUCACUGAGGAAGAGCCAACAGAGAGAGACCACAUCCAAACAAUGUCCAUGCCGGAGAUGGGAAGCAGAGAGCCUAGCAUCCACCACCAACACACACUCAGUGAUGCCAGCAUAGAUGGCAUUGACAUGCAGGCGAGACAUGAAGCACUUCAGAAGCUGGCCACUUUCUUCCACAAACCAGUUGUAGAGGAACCCAUCAUGAGAAGACCUGAAGAACCUGAAGAAGAACCGAUCAGCCCUAUGGACAUAGGACCAGAGACAGUGUACCUGUGUAAAGAGGAAGCAGAUUUGACGCUUCCAGAUAUGGUGGUUCUUCCUCCUCCUGACCUGUAUGCAGACACCAGUGACGCUUAGUAGACUACAAACUACCUACAGCUGGUGAACACAGGAAGAACGGCAAUGUCUGUCGUCAACUGCCAGUCAUCGCCAUGACAAUCACUCAGAUGACGGAGGCUUGUAGAAUCUGUCUGGACAACCUGCAAUCGGAUGGACUAUUUCUGUUAUAAUAUUGUUUUGGCUGGGAUUCAAUCCGAGCGCUCUAGUCGACAAAGCAGCUUUUUAAGGUAACCGUGUUCAGAGAUCGCAUUCAAGAUAAAUGCUGCAGUUGUCGGCAAUUACCUUAUAAUUUGAAAUGACUGUUAAAUGUCAACGACGCUAUAGCUCGGAUCUCUUGUAUUGAUGUCCAUCCAGGGUUAUGGAGGAUGAGAUGAAGGGCAUUAUACAGAAUGUUUUAUAGAAAGACAAUUAUGCGACACCAUACAUGUAUUGGUUGAGGUUCCACUGUGUAGUGUAUCUUUACAAGUGUUUACGUUGGAAAUGGCUACGACGACUCAACACUGUAUCCAGCUACUUCUGUGUCUCAAAUGACACCCUAUUCCCUGUGUCAUACACUAAGUGACAGAGGGUUUGCCACUCAGUCAAAAGUAGUGCACUGCACAGGGAAUAGGAUGCCUGCCAUAUGAGACUUGUCUGUCUGUUGUUUUUUUAUAUUCCCAUGAAGUAUUAAAGAGAUGUACCAGUUAAA